AGAAGUGGUGCAGGGGUCGCUGCGAAAGGAGAGGAGCGUGUAUGACGCCACAUCCGGCGCGCGGCGGAACUGGCCUCCCUUUGCUUCCGCGGCGGGGCCGGAAGUAGGAGCGGCGGCGGCGGCGGCGGUCGAAAGCGGAGUGAAGGAGGGAGGCAGGGAGCCGGAGAGCCGGAACCGGAGUCGCAGCGGCGGUAAUAGAGACCCCUGUGCGGUGCGGAGGGGGCGGCGGCCCCGACUCUGACCCGCGCCGGGGGUGGGCCAUGGCGGAGAUCAGCGACCUGGACCGGCAGAUCGAGCAGCUGCGUCGCUGCGAGCUCAUCAAGGAGAGCGAAGUCAAGGCCCUGUGCGCUAAGGCCAGAGAGAUCUUGGUAGAGGAGAGCAACGUGCAGAGGGUGGACUCGCCAGUCACAGUGUGCGGUGACAUCCAUGGACAAUUCUAUGACCUCAAAGAGCUGUUCAGAGUAGGUGGCGACGUCCCUGAGACCAACUACCUCUUCAUGGGGGACUUUGUGGACCGUGGCUUCUAUAGCGUCGAAACGUUCCUCCUGCUGCUGGCACUUAAGGUUCGCUAUCCUGACCGCAUCACGCUGAUCCGGGGCAACCAUGAGAGUCGCCAGAUCACGCAGGUCUAUGGCUUCUACGAUGAGUGCCUGCGCAAGUACGGCUCGGUGACUGUGUGGCGCUACUGCACCGAGAUCUUUGACUACCUCAGCCUGUCAGCCAUCAUCGAUGGCAAGAUCUUCUGCGUGCACGGGGGCCUCUCCCCCUCCAUCCAGACCCUGGAUCAGAUUCGGACAAUCGACCGAAAGCAAGAGGUGCCUCAUGAUGGGCCCAUGUGUGACCUCCUCUGGUCUGACCCAGAAGACACCACAGGCUGGGGCGUGAGCCCCCGAGGAGCCGGCUACCUAUUUGGCAGUGACGUGGUGGCCCAGUUCAACGCAGCCAAUGACAUUGACAUGAUCUGCCGUGCCCACCAACUGGUGAUGGAAGGUUACAAGUGGCACUUCAAUGAGACCGUGCUCACUGUGUGGUCGGCACCCAACUACUGCUACCGCUGUGGGAAUGUGGCAGCCAUCUUGGAGCUGGACGAGCAUCUCCAGAAAGAUUUCAUCAUCUUUGAGGCUGCUCCCCAAGAGACACGGGGCAUCCCCUCCAAGAAGCCCGUGGCCGACUACUUCCUGUGACCCCCCCCGGCCCCUGCCCCCUCCAACCCUUCUGGCCCUCGCACCACUGUGACUCUGCCAUCUUCCUCAGAUGGAGGCUGGGUGUGGGGGGGGCUGUCCUGGCUCUGCUGUCCCCCAAGAGGGUGCUUCGAGGGUGAGGACUUCUCUGGAGAGGCCUGGAGACCUAGCUCCAUGUUCCUCCUCCUCUCUCCCCACUUGAACCAUGAAGUUUCCAAUAAUUUUUUUUUCUUUUUUUCCUUCUUUUUUCUGUUUGUUUUUAGAUAAAAAUUUUGAGAAAAAAAAUGAAAAAAUUCUAAUAAAAGAAGAAAAAUGGU